AUCUCGCGACAGCUGCUACCGCGUUAAAAUGGCUACAAUGUAACAUCUUUUCUGCCUUUGACGCUUUCUGAGCCGCGGCUGAUCCGCAAGGAUUUUUUGUAAUAAUAAAAAAAAAUAUAUAUGUAAUUAUUCUUUUGGAAAAGCAGCAACGUCUACGCGAAACGCCGCGAGGUCUUCCGACAGAGAAAUGGAGAAGACACCCUCAAUGCUGCCUGCCCUUACUGCUGUUCCCCUGCCAAACCAUGAGCUCAGAGCUUCACCCACCCACAUCCAAAGCACAGCCGAGAAGGAGGAAGUGCCGUUGAUGACGUCUCCCGUAUCUUCAUUGCAUGGAUCUAACAAUCCAGGGCUUUUGGGCAGCCAGACACAACCAGCAUGGAGUGGGAGUAGCAGUUCUCGAAACCAGGAUCUGCAGCUCCCAAAGCGCAGACCUACUGCAGGGAAGCGUUAUCAGUGCUCAGGGGAUGGCUGCCGGCUGGUCUGCCGCAGCAUGAAGGAACUUCUCGACCACAUGCAGGUCCACUAUCGGCCCACGGAGUCCCUUGAGGGAAAGACAUUCUGCUGUUCUACCCUGGGUUGCAUGGAAUCGUUCCCCAACAUGCAAGACCUGAUGGGUCACAUGAAGGUGCAUUACAAGCCCAACCGCUACUUCAAAUGUGAGAACUGCAUGUCACGUUUCCGGACACACCGCUCCCUCUUCAAGCACCUGCACAGCUGUUCUGAUGCCGCCACCACUGCCGCCGCCUCUUCCCCAGCCCUGACAUCGGAGAAACCCAUCUUCCCACCUACCUCUAGCCUGGAAAAAGAGCCUCCAGGGAAGCUGCUGGAGGAGCUUCCAAAACUCCAGAGCGUCAUACAGCACUUCAAGAAAGAAGCUCUUCUCCCUGGCACGAUGGACACUGCUCUCGCCACCGACUUGCUGCCGGCUGGACUUCCUGGCCCCUUAGAAUCUGUGCCGUUGCCAGCCUCUCCUACCUAUCCUCUGUUGGAGCAAUCCCUGUUUGGGCCCCCCUCCCUGGCAAGGUUCUCUGGGCCACCUCACCCUUCGGUUUCAGGGCCCUUCUUGCCCUAUAUGCACCCCACGUCCUAUGCUUUACCUCAAGCUGCAGUGCAGAACCGCCUCCGACCUUUCUUGCCAGGCCAAGGCCUCCCUGUUUCCAGCGCUGUGUGGAAGAAAAGCCAAGGACACUCUUCCAACAGCCGCAUUGUAUGGCAACACACCCGGGGCCGUUACAAUUGCUUACAGUGCCCCUAUUCCACAGCCUCUCGGGAGGAGAUGACCCAGCAUACUGAAGACCACCGCAAAAAUCCCUCUCCAACCAGUCGCUUAGAUGGGGAAAUGGGACACUCUUCCAACAGCCGCAUUGUAUGGGAACAUACCCGUGGCCGUUAUAAUUGCUUACAGUGCCCCUAUUCCACAGCCUCUCGGGAGGAGAUGACCCAGCAUGCUGAAGACCACCGCAAAAAUCCCUCUCCAACCAGUCGCUUAGAUGGGGAAAUGGGACACUCUUCCAACAGCCGCAUUGUAUGGCAACACACCCGUGGCCGUUACAAUUGCUUACAGUGCCCCUAUUCCACAGCCUCUCGGGAGGAGAUGACCCAGCAUGCGGAAGACCACUGCAAAAAUCCCUCUCCAACCAGUCGCUUAGAUGGGGAAAUGGACUUUGGUGUUGCCCUUCCCUCAUUCCACCCGAAGUUGACACCAGAAGUGGAGAACUCCCUCUUUUCCCCGCUGUGAGGUUUCCACUGGGCUGAUCAAGCUGACUUUAUUAUUUCCCCCAUGAAAAACAGCACCUGUGUGGAGAAUUUUUUUUUUUUUAAUGUGUGCGUUCCCCCCAGGAGGCAUCUGGGGACAACCAGGUGUCAAAUGUAGGCCGGAAUUCAUCUGCAUUCUAGCUUGUCCAGAAUGAGCAAGUGCACUGAUGUAUUCUGCAUAGUCUGGUUUGUUUCUAGUUACUCCCUUUGGCAGGAAAAGCCAAACUUCUUACGCUCUCUGUUUUGUUGAGCAUUGCAUCUGAAUCUAGUCCUUGGCUUAUUCCUCAAAUAACAAGCUAAUAAUAUAUGCCAAUGUCCAUUCUUGGCUUAAAUCAGUUUUGUCAAGAGAAGAAUGUCAGGGAUUCUAGGCCAACGUGAACACGCAGACCAGAGAGAGUGGCCUGGCUUGUUUGCAGUCAUUCCUCCGAGCAGGAGCAAGUACACGUACCAGCCUGCUUCUCCAUUCUUCAUAAGCCAGGUUUCGAAGACUUGGUCUUAGGAUAUGUGCAUCAGUUCCUCUCCCACCUACUUCCUCCCCAUGCCUUUUGAUUCAUAAAAAUGUGUUGACAACUGAGUACCAUUUAAAAGGGAAAGGGAGUUGAAAUUGAUUAUUGAAACUUAAUUUAAUCAACUUUCCUGUGCAUUGCCUUCCUUUUUUUUCUAUUUAAAAUUGAUUUUUCUCCUGCUUUUAUGGUAAAAAAAAUAUUCCCUAACUCUGUACAGUCACGACUAGUUAUGCUCAGGUUUGUAAGUGGGCUACUGCUGCUUUUGAAAAAAAAAAUAAAUUGGAAUUGUACAGAAAGGC